UUCUCUUUUCUUUUUUUUUUUCUCUUUGCUGUGAUGAUGUGUAUCACAGGAUUGAAUUGUAAUAUCCGGGGGCUGGUCCAGAGUGGAGUGGGCGUGUCUGCGCGCUGCUCUCCCUUCCCACCAGGAAAACGCUGGAGGAGACCCACAGUGCCACACAGAAAGACGCGCACUGCAGAGGAGAGAGAGCGGGACACGAACCACCGAGGAAUAUGUCAGCUUUCUCACGCACCGAGGGACGCUCCAACCACGGGCUCAGCGCAGUCAGUGCACCGCUCCUGCUUUAGUCCAGCACGCACACACACACACACACGUCGCUCUCUUUACCACUUAUGAGCUGGUGAAAUCUCCCCUGCUGCUGCUGCUGCUGCUGCUUCUGGUCCAUCCCUCCUCCCCUCUCUUCCUCCACCUCCUCCUCCUCCUCCUCCUCCUCCUGCUCUCCGCCGUCCCGUCGCUAGGAUGGACAAGACGCUCUGCAGUCCGCAUCCCGGGACCAACAAAACCAACUCUUCCUCAUCGGAUCGCUUGAACUCAUCGUCGAGGAAGCCCGGGAGGACCGGGUCGCACAGCCCCGGCUCAGCCUCCCUGGUCGGCCCGGCUGGCAGCCGGGGAGCUGUGCUGGGGAACAGUAUGAAUUUGCAGCAGCAGCAGCAGGCGCGCAAGAGACAGCUGGAAGGAGUGCUGAGCAAAUACACCAACCUGAUCCAGGGCUGGCAGAACAGGUACUUUGUGUUAGAUCCAGAGUUGGGACAGCUGCACUACUUUGUCAACGAGCAGGGGAAGAGCCAGAAGCCCCGUGGGUCCCUGCCCCUGAUUGGUGCCUCAGUAACUCCAAGCGACGAGGCUCCGCACAUGUUCAUUGUAAACUCUGUCAAUGGAGAGCUGUACAAACUCAGAGCUUCCGAUGCCAAGGAGCAGCAGUUUUGGAUGAGUCAGCUCCAAGCAUGUGCCAGACGUCACUCUGACAGUAGUGCCAAGGUGAGGAAGUUGAAGGGCUCAGAUGAACACUUAAGUGUGGACAGAGCAGGAGGAGGCCCAGAGGUGCUGGGCUCCUCAUCCUCUGGUCGGACCCGUAGCUUCUCCCUCCUCCCCCACCUAACCCCAUCUUCAUCCCCGGGUUCUCAGAGGCACCUGAGCCACACGGCCUCACCCAGCAACAUCGUCACCAUCACCCACCACAAAUCUCCGGCUGCAGCUCGGCGGGCCAGGAGUCAGUACCCAGGACGGCUGCUGGAGGUCAAAGAGGUAAUGUCCCAAGCCGAGGGCCAGCAGAAAAAUCUGGUCCAGUCCAUUGACUCUCUACCCACCAGAGGCCCCCUCUCCUGUUUGGACCAGGACCUGCUGCUCCUUAAAGCCACAUCAGCUGCCACACUCAGCUGCCUGGGAGAGUGCCUGAACAUCCUCCAACAGACCCAGAGCCACAGCCAGGCACCACCUCAGUCCCAGGCCGGCGAGCACAAUCAUGCUGCCCACGGAGCCCCCUCCGAUGGUGUUCCUGUGUGGACUGUACCAAAGUCGCCCUCAGGAGAACUGUUGAAGAACGGAGGUCUGACUCCUCUACGAUCAGCCGAGCCCUCCCCGGCCCUCAGGAAAAGGAGUCUGUCCCAUGGUGCUGAGCACCACACAGGGCUUGAAGACAUCAGCGCCACUGAAGAGGUGACAGAUACGGAAGAUAACGAUGAGGAGGACCUGGGUGUCCUAGACGACCAGCGGAGCAUCAUUCUCCACCUACUCUCCCAGCUCAAACUGGGCAUGGACCUUACACGGGUGGUGCUGCCUACCUUCAUUUUGGAAAAACGAUCACUGCUGGAGAUGUAUGCCAACUUCAUGGCCCACCCCGACAUGUUCCUGUCAAUCACAGCUGGGGCCACAGCUGAGGACAGAAUAGUCCGCUUUGUCGAGUACUACCUGACCGCCUUCCACGAGGGGAGGAAAGGUGCCGUGGCCAAAAAGCCCUACAACCCCGUGCUCGGGGAGACCUUCCACUGUUCCUGGGAAGUGCCUCGGGAAAAAGUCAAACUUUUGGUCAGAUCGAACCAGGGGUCUUCUUGGGAGCCAGGCAGGGGUCCCAACAACACACAGCAGGGUGAUGAUUCACCGGGAGGCUGCUACAGAGUCCGAUUUGUGGCCGAGCAGGUGUCCCACCAUCCACCAGUGUCAGGGUUUUACUGUGAGUGCCGGGAGAGGAGGAUGUGCGUCAACGCCCAUGUGUGGACCAAGAGCAAGUUCAUGGGAAUGUCUAUAGGAGUGUCCAUGGUGGGAGAAGGAGUCCUCUGUCUCCUGGAGCACGACGAGGAGUAUGUCUUCACAUUGCCCUGUGCCUACGCCCGCUCCAUCCUCACCGUGCCCUGGGUGGAGCUGGGAGGAAAAGUCUCCAUCAACUGUGUCAAGAGCGGCUACUCUGCCACCGUCACCUUUCACACUAAGCCUUUCUAUGGAGGGAAGGUGCACAGAGUGACGGCCGAAGUCAAACACAACCCGACCAACACCAUCGUGUGCAAAGCGCAGGGCGAGUGGAACGGCACGCUCGAGUUCACCUACAGCAGCGGGGAAACCAAAGUGAUCGACACGGCCAAGCUCCCAGUCACCAGGAAGAAGCUGCGGCCGGUGGAUAGACAGGGGAGGACAGAGUCCAGGCGGUUAUGGCAAUAUGUGACCAAGUCUCUCAGAGAAGGGAACAUCGACGAAGCCACAGAGCACAAACACAAGCUGGAGGAGCGUCAGAGGGGGGAGGAGAAGCAGAGGGCAGCUGAUAACAAACCCUGGACACCCAAAUACUUCACUAAAGAGGGAGACGGUUGGAUCUACAACAACCCGCUGUGGAAGUCCACCUGACAGCAGAAGUCUCUUCUCGUGGACAGUAACUGAGCUUCUACCUCUCCAACCUGAGGGGUAGAAGUCAGGAAGUCAAAUAUAAAAGGAGCAGAGACCUCCAGAGACCUUCAGACCAGAGCUAGAGACUCUCAAAGUGACACACACACACACACACACACACACACACAAAAACAGGAAACAAGCAAGGUGCCAAAGGGAUCUCCACUGUUCAAACCAAAACUGUGGCUGGAGCUCUGCUGGGACAAAAGUACAUUUUUAUAUACAGUUAAUAGUAUUACUAUUCAAAGUAGAGUAUUUCUAUUUUUCACCUUGCCAAGGCCUUUUUUGCACACGCACAGUAAUGACGUUUGCCACUGGUGUUUGCUUUUUUCUUUUUUCAAAUGAUCAAUAUGUGUUCUCAGACAUUGUCGAUGUUUGGUUCAGAGCUUUUAGUUUGUGAAGCAGCGUUAGAAUGAGUCGAUAUGAGUUCCCUGUAACACAUCAUACUGUAGCUGUAAAUGAGUUGUUUAUAAGAGCACUUUUACCAUAGAAAUAAAUGGAAUAUUUUAUAUCUAUGGCUUUUACCAAUCAGGGUGGUCUCUAAGAGCUUUAUGGAAAAUAAGAACACCUGAGCAGAUUUUAAAUGACGUCUAAAUCAAGAGAUGAAAUGAAGAACUAUACUACAUUAGAUUAUGUGUUAGUAUAUAUUAUUAUACAGUACAUUACAGUGAGCUACUAGAAAGUAAAGGUCCUGAUUGUUUGGUCUGCACUAUGAAUGUAUUUUGGGCACAUUUUAAUAGUAUGCUACUUCCAUCUUGUACUGUUGCUACUACACAUGCUUCCUGUGUUUUACCGUCGAUCCAUUUACACUAUUUCACCCAUUGAGUGAGACGCCUCCGCAUCCCAAAACCUUUUACAUUUCCAUUACUACCUCUCUUAUUCAGCUACUCCAGUCAUUAGCCACUUUCUCUUCCAAAAACAAAACACUCCUGGGUUCUCUUUUUUGUCUAUCUGUGCCCUUAAGAUGGCACUUGUGUAAAUUAGGAAGCCGCUGCUCACCCAGCUCGUGCCUCCUCGGGUUGCCCGUGGUGAUGAAUAUGGAUGAAGAUACUUGUGGAAAACAAAAAAUCAUGUUCUCACAUCUGGAAGGGAGGUAGGGAGGGGGGCUGGAAGGUUGCCUCUGAAGAGGAUCAGCUACCAGAAUAACAAAUCACAGGGAAGUGAGAUAUCCGGCCUGGUGGAGAGAAAAGGAAAUGUAUUAGGUCACACUGUCCAGUCCAUAUUUGAUAAUGUGGCCAAGGUCUAAACUGAGCAGAGUAAAGAGUAAUUAAUAUUCACUUCAUGUUGUUCUUCACUUACCAUGGCCUUUUGUUAUUUUAUUUGUCAUGAAAUGUUCAGACUCUUCACUGCUUGCUCUUUCAGUUGCUCCUUCACUUAAAAUUUCAACCGGUAUUUGAAGCCGGGUGAUUUUACCAGAUGCCUCUUUGUAGCCUGUGCAUUGACAGUAUAGAGAACAACCCUGCAACCCAUCGAGAGAGCCCGUCACCUACAGCAAACCACCGUUCAUUGCUGUUCAUGACACUCGCCUUACAUAAAACCAACAAGCAGUUUUGUUUUUAUAUCCAGACUCACUCAAGUAGAUGGUGAUUGUGGAUGAUGGAGGGAUUGUUCAUUAAUAAAGAACUUCUACCUUUUUUUUAA